CGACCGCUCUCAGGCCUCUCUCCGCUUAUAUCAAGUUGGAUUUACGUGCGUAAUUAAUUUUCACCCGGCGAUAUCACGGCGAAGUGGUUCGAUACUGAUCAGCGACGUUGUCGCUCGCUGGGAGAAUUUCCUUGCGAUGUUCCGCUCGCGGACGUGCCGGCUGUCAUUGCGCGUUUUCGCUUACGUCGUUGCUACCGUGUCGGUGUUGACAGUAAUCGCGCAUGCGCAGCGCGAAAGCCAUCAGCCAGUUACGAGCGAGCCGCAAAAGAGCGGCGAAUCCAAAUCAAAACUCGAUGAGGAGCUGUUCAAGAGAUUAUUCGCUCAACGACGGAAGGAUCACAUAGAAGCUGUGCAGACUCUUCUCAAGAUGGAUAGUUACGAGCGUCUAUACAAAAUGAUUGCGGUGCUGGCUGAAAAAGUAGUGGAAGUUAUUGAAUCAAGCAAGAAUAUCAUUGAAAAGGCUGGGUUUUUACCGUAUAAUAGUUCUUUUCCGGAAGAUUCCAACGUCAAGGAUGCAUUGUCUAGCAUCCUGGAGAAUACCGCGCUUUUCGGAGACAUAAUCCUGCAUCUGCCAGAUAUCACUCACAGAAUAUUGAAGACGCAACAGGAUUGGAACUCGACGAUACAUUGGUCCCUGAAUUUCGCCAAUCAGACGCGGCACUUGCUGAACAAAUCGACCAUCAUGAUGUUACAUCUGGUCGAGCAGGAGUUGAAUAUUACGGAACGUGACCCGAGCUAUUUUAAUCCAUAUAGGAGCGCUGCCCAUGGCGGCCGACACGAGGACAUCGUGAAGAAGAAGAAGAAAUCUGCGAGGAAAGAAAAACGCAAAAAGGGACCGCAGAUCGCUAAAAUCGAGUUGUGAGCCGUCUUAGCCGCCUGCGAGAUUCCUCUGACCGGUUCCUAAUCGCCUCAUUAAGAAGCGGGCUCUCUAUGGCUGCCGUUAUAAUCCUAGGAAAGAUGGAUAUCAUAUCUCAUUCUAAAUACUAAAAGUUUGAUCACAACGAGCUUCCAAACGGCUUAAUUCGAGGAUUAACUAUAUAUUUGUCUAUAAUGUCUAUAUGAUAGUAUAUAAAAAUCUGAUUACCAGGCGCUAAUUAAGGAUUAUGUGCAAUUUAGCGGGCACAUUUAUAUUUAGUAAUAUUGUUAUACGGAUAUUGCCAUAUACAUAUCGAGAGAUUCUAUCAAUCUCUUUCUAGUAUUAAAUAAAAUAUUCCAUUAUUUAUAUAUAUA